GGUUAUUCGCGGGGACGUGGCAUCCCGAUGAGCAGACACAAGAGGCUGCGCGCGCAGGACGGAGGUGUAAUGGAGUCUCACCUGGACCGGCUGGUUUCAUGUCUUCUCUCUCUGUACCUGCUCCUGCAGCUGGGCCGGGCAGCACCGGGCCUACCUGGAGCACAGAGAGAAAACUCAGCAGAUGUCCACCCCACACUCCUCAAUCCCUUUGGAACUGGAGAAGAGGACCGCAGGUUGUUGCAGAGUUACGUGCAGUCCAGUCUAAAGAACAGCCAAGGAGGACCUGAGAUCAGUUCCUGGGAACAAGAGGUGUUCUUUCUGUUUCGUCUGUAUGACUAUGAUCGCAGCGGGUUUUUAGAUGGCUUGGAAAUGAUGAAGCUACUCUCUGACUACAACUCCCAUCAUACACCUGGAGCAGAGGCCAGUGAGCUGGUGGUCUUGAUGGUAGACUUUCUACUGCAGACUCAGGAUCUAAACCAGGAUGGCCUUCUGGACCCCUCUGAACUGCUCUCUCCUUCAUUCAUUCACACACAGGACUCAGUCAACAGAACGCCUCAACAGGAGCAGGAGGUGCCAGUGCUAUCAAACAGCCUUAUUGAGGAGGAGAAUGUAGCGGAGCACAAGCAGGAGGCGGCACAUGAAGAGCUUCGGCCUGAAGUGGACGAUCAAGCUCAACAGGAAGUAGUUGGAGUCAAGGAGGAGCCAAUGAAAGAAACAGAUCAAGAAAUCCCCGAAGCUCCAGCAGGAGAACAGCAGGUCCACGACAUUCCUUUCCAUCAGGGACAGCCAGAGAUAUAAAAAACACACAGAUGUUGCACCGCUCGUCCUGUCUUAUUGAAAAUUGACACAUGGGUCAAAAGUACACAAGAAGAAUGACUCAUUUUUAUUCCUACGUACAAUGU